AUGAAGAUCCAAACAAAAUACAAGAGAAACAAAAUCCCCCAACCUCCCCAACCCCGCGCAAGGGUGGAGACAGGGGCCUUAGGAAUUGCUCUGUGGGAUGGUGGAGAGUCAGAACUGGAGCUUAGGAGGCCUGGGGUGCAAGGACCCCUAGAGGUCAGAAAACAGAGGUCAACUCAGAAGGUCUCCUCUUCCAGCUUUUCAAUUGCCCUCUCUCCUCACACAGUAGAUUAUUGUCUCUCCUACAAACUGGUCCAUAGGCUGGGGCAUGGGCCUGGCCUGGCUACACAGGGGCCCUACCUCCCUGUAUUCAGAUGCUGUGUGGUUAGGGAGUCUGCCCUUCUCCAGUCUCUUGGGAUCUGA